ACAAAAGAUGAUAAGAUCUGCCUGAGCCAGGACUUUCUGCAAAGUAAGUCUGUUUAAUAAAAUAUCUUCAAAAGGGAGUAAACUUCAAGUUUUUAGAAAGUUGAUGGAUGGAGAAUUUUUUUUUGAAGAACAGAUAUUUUCCCAUGCCGAGGAGAGUGGGAAUAAAUCUUUUCUGUUUAUUAGUUUUUCACAUUUUUAUACCAGGAGACAUUUCACUUUUUUUUAAGAAGAUGCGUAUUUUCUGACUGAAAAAAGGGACUUUGUCAAAUCAUGACUGAAAAAUGAAAAAUCGAAUUACCCUGAUGCAGAGUUCUUAAAUGGAUGAUAUUAACAGACUGCUGGUUUGACUGACAGCACAGCUCAUCCUGAUGGGUUGUCUAAACUUCACCGGCAGAAAUGACACUUUGCAUAACUGGCACCCUUAUACUGUUCAGAUAUCAGUGCUUGUAACAACCCUGGUGGUUCUCCUCUUUCUUUUUAUUGUUUUUGGCAAUGUCAUGGUAAUGAUUGCUGUGAUGACAAGUAGAGCCCUAAAGGCACCUCAAAACUUGUUUUUGGUGUCUCUGGCAAGUGCGGACAUCCUGGUUGCCAUUUUAGUGAUGCCAUUCUCUUUAGCAAAUGAACUGAUGGGUUACUGGUGCUUUGGUGUAGUGUGGUGUGAGAUCUACACGGCUCUGGAUGUCUUUUUCUGCACUUCAUCCAUUGUUCAUCUGUGUGCCAUCAGCCUGGACAGGUACUGGUCUGUCACUCAAGCGGUCAAGUACAAUCUAAGAAGAACACCAUGCAGGAUUAAAUGUAAGAUUGUCAUAGCUUGGGUACUGGCAGCCAUCAUUUCUUUCCCUCCCCUUAUCACAAUGAAAAAGGAAGAGGGUAGAAAGGACAACCCUGAAUGCAAAGUUAACGAGGAGAAGUGGUACAUCAUAUUCUCCAGCACUGCCUCCUUCUUCGCACCCUGCGUCAUCAUGAUCAUGGUUUAUGUCAGAAUCUACCAGAUUGCCAUAAGACGAGCAAGAGCCCUGCCAGGUGAAAGACAAAAACACUCUCGCAACUCGUGCAACAGAGAGAGAAAAGAAGACAGAGAGGAAGAGGUCAACGGGCAAGACCUGGAAGAACAAUCCUCAUCUGAUGGCAAUGAAACUAUGCUGUGCGCCAUGAAGAAAAAGAAGGGGAUGAGGAUAACCAAAGGAGCUGAGAUGAAGCUGGAACAAGCCUCUCCAACGCCAAGGUCACCACGGAGUGUGAGGGCGAUCAAGUGGAAAGGAAGGCAGUACAGAGAGAGGCGCUUCACCUUUGUUCUGGCUAUGGUCAUGGGAGUGUUUGUUCUCUGCUGGUUCCCCUUUUUCUUCACGUACACACUUAUUGCCUUGUGUGACACCUGUUGUGUGCCUGAGACUCUGUUUAAAAUGUUUUUCUGGUUUGGUUACUGCAAUAGCUCACUAAAUCCUGUUAUAUACACUGUAUUCAACAAUGACUUCAGGAGGUCCUUUAAAAAGAUACUGUGUAAAAUACGAGUCAAGUGAGUGAUAUUUACAAAUCUGCAUGUAAAAAAAAACACAUUUUUAUCCUGUAAGGUGAAGCUUUUAUCAGUGUAAAUAUUACUGUGAGUUAUUUAUUAUAGAUUUGUCAAACACGGCUCGGGAAAAGUUUGGUGCCUGUGUUCCCUGUACUUUACAAGAGUAAAUCUUUGUUUUGUAACAUUAUUUUUUAUGAACUUGCACUGAGAAAUGUGUAUUCUGUUUCACCACUGUGAAUUCAUAUUUUUACACUACAACUGUGACAGCAUGGAUGAUUAAUUUUCAGUAUGUGAUUCUACUUUAAUAAGUGUUUGAUUGUAUAAGCCAACCGUAACAUUUAAUCUCUAUAUUGAGUGAGUACCUCGGUUCCCUUUCAAAUUAAAAGUUCAAAUUGCACUGGGAGAAAGAUAUCACUUUUUAUCAAACAUGCAACAUGAAGUGUGAUCAUGUGAGAUGUCAGUAGAUUUGACAAACAUGGCUACUGAUUUUGUUAUGACUGAGAAAUGAGUCAUGUUUCAAAGGCAACAAUGAUUCAAAGAGAAUAAAGCUAAUAAUGCAUAUCAUCUGUAAACAGUGCUUCUGUCUGUGCUUACAAACACAAAGGUAAUAGCGUAUGAUUGUUAACACUAAGAAAUAUAUAUAUUUUUUCGCAAUAGUUAAAAUCAAAGUGAGACCACAUGAGGGGCAACUGUACCCCGAAACCGUAUUAUCCCAUAAAACCAACAACCUCCUUCUCUCAUAUCAAGCAUGAGAACAGGACAAUUACGCGUGUUUUGAAAGAAAAUUACGCCUGGGAGGUGAGGAUGGCACAACAAUAUUGAAUUCACUUUAUCAUGAAUUAUAGCCCUUCAUAUGAGGAUAUCAUUAAGUCAUCCCCUGGAGUCCAACAGAAAUCACACAGCGAUAGAAAUAUGAGUGUCUGCUGCAAAUUACACCAGAAGGUUAAUAUCCAGAGAAGCUUUUCAGUGAGAUGUGUGCUUAUGUUUGUGAUGAUAUCUCUCUAUCUUCUCCUUUUAAGUGCCAUUACCUUUCAUUUUCACAAUUUUCAUAUAACAGUCAGAACAUUAUACGUCUGAAUAAAGUAAAUGCAUAUUACAUAACUGCUUCAAAUGAACAAAAACCUCCUCUUGCUGGCUGUCAUAUUUACACGUAGUAGCAGAGUGAUUCCCAUGGCUUUACUCUCUGGGACUGUGGUGUUUUGAGAUUCCUGCGGUAUACAUGUUUGGGUUUAAACCACGUCUCUGAGUCUUAAAAUACAACAUCCAUCACUUACCGCAACUACAGAGCUACCGUAUUUCUGAUGAAGUUCCCACGACAAUACUGACUCAAGGACAUUCGGGAAACACUGGUAUGUGAGAGGUUAUGAGAAUUUAAGUGAGAUAGAGUAUCAAUAUGCUGAAACUUUACAGUGAUCUAUAACAGAUGUCGCCAUGUAUGUUUAGAGAUAUGUAUAUUUAGUUCCAUUUAAUAUUUGCAGGAUAGUCCUUUGAUAGUUUCCUCUAGAAUCAGAUCCACGAAACAUUAGCUUGAAGUGUGAAAGAGUUGGACUCUCAAUGCUUCCCCUAAUAAUAGGUAUAACUCAAACUUACACUAUGACAUAUGCACAUAGUGAAUAUGUAAAUGCCAACUUGUGUACACAGCAUACACAGUACAUACAUACAUAUACUACUAUGUAUAUGUGUGUGAUCUAAUGUCAACCAAUUUUCCAGCAAAAUUAUUAAACAAAUAACAAGAAUCCAUUAAGAGUGGACCACAAAAGCACCGCUGACAAACUGGAUUAAUCAGUUUGAGAGAUUUUUUCGAACCCUUGAACGUUCAAGUGAAAUUCAUUUGCGAGCAUGCCCCACUUCAUCAAAAUCUGUAAAUCAUGGUUGGUUACAAUUCAUAAACAGUUGGUUGCCAUUGCAUUUCUCAGUGUGUGUGCGCACACACGUCCGCUUUCCCUCUCUGCUGAGACAAUGAUUUAUACCCUCCCUCUAAAUGCCACUUCAGACAGUCAGGAUUUAUGCUUGUGACACUGGGGCUGAUAAAACUAUGCUUUAUAAACUGCUCCUGGCAGGAGUUCCCACAACUCUCACACAGCCCCCAGUAAGUCCUCUCCAUUUCCUUCGAAGUUCUUCUGCUUAUAGCUCAAUGAGUGCUUUUAAGAGCUGAUAGUCAUGUAUUACAAAGAGGCUGGGGAACUUUAAGAGGCAAUUAAAGACCACAGAGAAUGAGCACACGUGCUCGCUCAGGCUGAGACAUUUAGACCAUGCUCGCAAACUUGAAUCAAAGCUCCUGAUGAAUAGAGUGUUUUUAAUUGAAUGUUGGGUCAUUCAUUAUGAAUUGAGCCCAAAACAUUACACACUGGGGCGUAUAAUACUUCCUCCCUGACUUGAUAAGGAUGCAAGAUAAUCAAAUUACAUUCUAAGAGAUGGGAACAGCAGGAAGACCCUGUUCAAUUUGCCCCGUGCAGACUCUGUCGCUUUCCUCCUCCUCCUCCUCCUACUCACCAAAAGAUCUACAACGGAAACUUUCACCAGAGAUCAGUCCCGUUUCAACUUCAGAAAAAUGUGAUUUUAAACUCCUUAUCCUCAAUGUGCUGACUGCAUCAGCAAUAUUUCCGGUGUUUUCUUUUUGUAUAACAUAUUUUCCCAACAGAGACAUUUUUUUUACCAACCACAUCAGUAGGGAAACAUGAAAACAUGGAUAUUUUUAAAUGAUUUGCAAGGACACAUUUUACUGCCUGCCAAGAUUGGACUUAAAAGCGCCCACUUUUUGAUCUCCAGUGCUUGAGAAAAGGAUUUGUGUGAUUGGGAUUUAUGAUUAUUCUUGUCAAAUCUCCUGGUCAGCUUUUCAACUUUCAUGGCUCAUCAAAAAAGGCGGAACGUGCUUCCAGAAAACGGCUCAAGAAGACCCUGGAGGAGGGCUGACCGCACUGGGAAUUAAGAAAACCAAAACACAUGGAGGAUGUGGGAUUAACUCAAUAUGAGAAAUAAAUAAACAAAUGGAAGUUUAUUCUCUGGGAAAGCUACUAUGUGCAUGUACAGUGCAAAUACAUCGCAUUAUACAGUGGCCGUUUAACCAUUGAGGAAGGUUUAUACUGUUUGAAUGACAAAAAUAAAAGAUAAAGUCUUAAGCAUCUCUUUUUUGAAAACUCAAGCCAAAACCACAAGUCUAAAGCAAACAAUGUCUUGGUAACAAAAAGGCAUGUGUGACCCAUUCCCUAUAUUCUCACUAUCUCAAUUCUCUGUAGUAUUUUUUUAUUAUUCCACUUCAUAACAAAUGAAUGUUUCUAUUGACUUUUGACACAACUUCCUCUGUCUUAUUUUUAGACAUACACCAAAAAUACACUCUUGAUAGUUUAAUUUAUAAACAACAAGCCUGUUUUAUUAGCUCUGAACUUAUCUGACCUUUAAAAACAAGGAACUUUGUGUACAUAAGUGUACAACUGUGAAAGGAAAUGUGGUUUGAGGUCCAAGACUGAAGCAUGAUAGUUAUUGCUAUGAACAAUCACAAAAAUGUGAUCCAACUUUUCCAUCCACAUUUCCUCAACAACCUAAGAUAAAGUUUGAUAACAGUCAUGUUUAGUACAUUUUUUUAUGCUUAUCAACAUCAAAAGUAGAGAUAAUCUGUCCUCCAUCUACAGCGGUGCUUCCACGGCCUUGUCACAUUUACCAAAUUAAGCUCGCGCAAACCUGCACUGAACUUCAUAACUCUCUCCUUGCUAUCCUCUCCUGUCUAUACUACCAAAGGUAUCCAAUUCCAGCGUGACCUAGUCUCACCUUUACACACAAGCUUCUGCACAGAGUCCCUGUAUGAUGUCAGCUACACAAACAGACCUGGGGCAAAUACCAACUCCAGAUAAAAGUGGCCAUAAUUCCUCUUUAUCAGUCCUCGCCAGCCAGAUGCUGUGGAUAACAAUUGUCCCUCAUUACACUGUCGGUUAACACACUCCUUCAAACAAAUCAGGCAGUGAUAUCUUCAUGGUCUCUUCAAUUUCCUUUUCCCUCCAGCCGGUAAACCAGGUGUAAACAUUGUCUAUUUUAACAUUUUAUGCAGAGCUGGCUCAAGCCUCAAUGGGGCCCUAAGCAAAAUUUGAUUUUGGGGCCCUCUAUUUCUGCCAGUAAUAUUGAUUGUUGAUCAUUCACAAACCUAUGACAUUAAAAAUUUGAUGCGCCUGGCAUCAAUCAAUCAAUCAAUCAAUCAAAUUUUAUUUAUAUAGCGCCAAUUCACAACAGUCGUCAUCUCAAGACGCUUUUCAAGGAACAAGAGCAGGUCAGGACCGCGCUCAUUGUUUGAUGAUCAAGAACCAACCUAAGAUGGCAUGUCUUUACACAUUUAAGGAGGUGGCCUAGGUAAUGACAUCAAUAAUACCAAUGCAACCACAAAAAUAAUACCAAUGAAUGACUGAUGAAUGAUGUUCAGGGUGCCACAUAUGGAUUUUAACCUCAAAAUGUAACACAUUCAGGAUGCUCAGUGUACAUUACACAGCAGGAGGCACAUAAUGAUAGCUGAUAAUAGGCCUACAUCAGCAGCAGCACUAAAAUGUUUUUAUUUUAUUUUAUUUUUACAAUAAUAUAUAUUGGAUCAUACAGAAAGCAUCACUCAUACAUGCAAAAUAAACAAGUAUUUAAUUUUUUUCUUAUUGCUCUUGGGGGCCCCCUACUGGCUGUGGGGCCCUAAGCAGGCGCUUAGUUCGCUUAUGCCUUGGGCCGGCUCUGAUUUUAUGUCUACUAGCAAAGGUGACUGAAAGUAGCUGUCUCAAUAUAUUAUGCACUCAAGCAGAAACCUGACAUCAUUGCAUAAUGUCAACAAAGUUGCAUUCAUAUCCAAAGGCAAAAAUCGUCCUUUUUGCAGAAGAAACCAGAUCUUUUAUCCACAAUAUGUAAGUUUCUUAAUUAUGAAUAAAAGAAUGACAACAAAUACAUCUAUUUUUCCAUAAAUGAUAAUAACAUUGUUUUGUUUACUAUUUUAUGACUUGAAUAGAUUACUUUGUGUUCAUUUGACUGCUGCAGUUUGGUUGGGAAUCACAUAGUUAUAUGAUCGUUUUUAACUAUCAUAUUAAAAACACAAUAGUCCUGUGAGUACAUAAGUACAUAAGAAGAGUGUAAUUAACAAAGGACUGUGUCUUUCUAACACCACGUCACCUUCAUUAAAGAAAGCCGUAUGACACGCAACUACACGGUAGUGUGUUGUUGUAGUUACCUCUCGUCAGCAGACGGCGCUUUGCGUGACCUUUUCCGGGUGAAAUGGACCGAGUCGUUCCUGAAAUGACAGAAAGUUGAAUUUAUUUGCUCAUAUCGUAGUCCGGUCGGUUAAAUAAAAGUUUUGAAUUGUAUUUGUUUAUUGGUUAUGUCUCGGGCAAACAUCAAGGAGAACAACAUCAAUUCCGUUUUACAUUUUCUAUAUAACUAAAAAUUACCGGGGUUUAAGUGUAACAGAGCUGUUUGACUAAGGCUGUUGGUUGGCCAUUGGCUUAAAAUAGAAAUGACAAAUAUCAUCACCUUUAUCCAACUGGUGUUAGAAAGGCAUUUUAAAUUCCUCCAUGAAUCUUGUCCGACAAGAAAGAAACGCCGCAGAUAUCUAGCGAUGUAUCAAACGUAGCCAAACAUGACCAUAUCCGCUGUAGCUGUUUUAAAAAAUUAUUACCGGAAGUGACGCACAACGCUUUUUUCACGCAAGACUGUAACCGGUCGCGAAAAAAAGCGCGAAUAUUUUGGGCGGUUACAUGUAACUUGGGCCUGGGCAGAGUGUUUUCUCCUGUAAAGAUAAAAAGGAGAAACUAACUGUGAAAA